AUGGCAAAACGUGGGAGCAUUCGGCGGGGGUUUGGUGGUGAAUACCGGAAACCGGAUCCAUCUGCUGCCGCAUCCCCUCGCACUCCUCGCCCAGCCCCGCAAAGGAACCGAACUCCCGCGGUACCCCAACUGCCCGCCUCUUCCGCAUCUCCUGGGGUCAACUUCAUUCCCGACCGAGCGAACGCGUCGUUCGGGGACAUUUUUACAGCUGUUCUUGGCUCCAAGCUUGCCAGUCAAUCAGUUCCCAAGAAGCCUCAAGUGCAAAGCACACAAGAUGUCGAGCCCCCACCCCCACCUGAACAGCGACUCGGAACCGAGAAAAGGACUCCUACCUCGCCUGCUUAUCUAGAGCCGACGACAUUUGUUUGCCGCCCAAGAGAAGACCGGGAGAGGCAGUUGGAUACACGGUGUCUGCGAAUUAUCCGGAAGUUGAACGCCUACACGGAAUAUCAGGAAAUUGUGCGACGUUUCGCAAGCCAGGAUGGUGAUGAAGAUGUCGACGUUUCGACACAAGGAUGUGUUGACAAAUCAAAGCUUCGAUCGUCGUGUGGUUUGAGGGCCUACCUGCUGAAAAUUUUGCGUCUAAAAGAGCCCCGACAUUCUUUGGCGGUUAGCCAGACAACACUACUCUGUUCUGACAAAUUGUUUGCCGCAUUCAGUACCAGACGAAUUACCCGGGGAAACAGCACCCUAGACCAUCCGAGUGAACUAGAAGAUAGCUGGACCCUCGAUCGGUCGAUGACCAAUGCGUCACCAGGACAUUCAACGAACCUGACCCCUGAGACCCUCUUGCGUCGGCUGGCACGUAGCCUGUCAACUCGUCUGGCUCACAAGAGAAACCUUCUUGAACAUGCCACCAACAAUGUCACAGAAUUGGAGAAGGAGACUGACGUGGUCCGUUGUGUUCUGCGCAAAGUAGCCGAGGCCAUCCCUCAAAUGCGGACGGAAGUGGACGCCUGCUACUUCCACAUUCCCCACACCUCCCCAUCGCCGGCGGAACCGGUAGAAAUGAAGGUAUGUCAGGUGCCUUCCGCUGGCAGACUGCCACCGGGUCGCCGAGUGCUCACACAAGACGUGACAUCCAACCUGUCGGCUCGUUUUGACCGACUCCUCUCCAGCCAAACCUCGGUCCUCGAACUCCUUUGUCAGUUAACACGACGAUUGUAUUCGGUCGAACGACGCAUCGAGUCUUUCCCCCUACAAAGCCGCCGACAGCAGCUGAAGGAGCAGAUCAACGAGGCCCAGCGUCUGCGCGAUGACCUUGAGAACACCAAGGCUCGUCUCCUCACUGGCCUUCAGUACCAAUUUUACGUUCUUCAUGACAGUCAGGCCAAAUCGGAUGACGUCAAGUCGAACGAGACCUCAUUUUCCAUGUCAGACGGUCAAGAGUGCUACAACUCAAGCGGUCGGUCUUCGCCCUCAAGUCUUCCCCGAAGUGGGACCGAUUCUGCUGUGUGCUUGGCUGAAUUUGUUUCUCGCCACCUCGUCAAAUAUCUUCAGGCCCUUCUCAUUAAAUUGUCCCUUGAAGCAGAGAUAUUUCAUGAUCAAGAGGUUGUUGACUGUAUCGGUGAGCACCUUCGGCUGGUGGCAAGUUUUUCUCCCUAG